GGAGAGAGGGGGGGGGUGCGAGGGCCUUGGAGGAGGGAGCUGAAGAAGCGAGCGCGAACGACUGGCUGCGGCUGCUUCUCCUCGCCUCCCGCCCAGGGAGGCGGAUAGACAAAGGGGGCGAGGGCGGCAAGCUGACUGGAGCUCCGCUGCCUCAAGGUCACUCGCGCCUGGACAGAAGAGGAAGAGAGGCGCGCGGACGUUGAGGCGCCCUUUCCUCGCCCCCUUCCCUCCGCCCUCUGCCUUCCCUCCCACUUUGCGACCCCCGGUUUCACCUAGGCAGCUGCCGAACUUCGCACCAGCGCCUCUCCAUUUCCCGCCCCUUUUCCCACCCCUACCCAUCCCCGUGCGGUGCGUGCACGCCGGCGGGCUGCGUGAGCUUCGCUUAGGCUCUGCCGAGAGUCCCUCAGGCGCGAAGCCGCCGAGUCCGCGGGGCAGGCGCUGCCGCGUCGCUUUUCUUCGUGGUGCGGGCAGCCCUCUCCGCAGUCGGAGAGCCCCGGAUUUAUGGAGGCGCCGAAGGCUGCCGCGUUUUCGUCGCCGGGCUGCCGACUCCGACGCAACCGUUUGGGUGGCGCUUGUUGACUCGCCGUGGCGGGAUAAUGCGCCGCCGCCGUGCCUGCCGGUCGCCCAUCGGAGAGGCCCCCCAGUCGGCGCCAUGUCCCCCCCAGCCUCGGCGGCCGCGGCCAGCAGCAGCGAAAGAGGCAGCAGCACCUCAGUGCCUCAGGAGGAGGCGGAGGGAGUCCGAGAGGAGCAACGGCCAGUGAAGCAGUCGCUCAGCAAGUCACUUUGUAGAGAAUCACACUGGAAGUGCCUGGUGCUCUCUUUCUUAAUGUAUGGCUGCAUGGGAGCAAUGACUUGGUGCCACGUAACAAAGGUGACCCGGUUGACAUUUGAUAGUGCUUAUAAGGGAAAGUCCAUGAUGUACCACGAUAGCCCUUGCUCUAAUGGCUAUGUCUAUAUUCCUUUGGCCUUCUUAGUGAUGCUUUAUGUGGUCUACCUGGUGGAGUGUUGGCACUGUUAUACUCGCAAUGAGCUCCAGUACAAAGUGGAUGUGGACAGUGUGCAUGAACGUGUCCAAAGGAUGCAGCAGGCCACACCAUGCAUCUGGUGGAAAGCCAUCAGCUAUCAUUAUGUCAGAAGGACACGUCAGGUCACCCGCUAUCGCAAUGGGGAUGCUUAUACUACCACCCAGGUGUACCACGAGAGAGUCAACACCCAUGUGGCAGAAGCAGAAUUUGAUUAUUCUAACUGUGGGGUGAAGGACAUUUCGAAAGACCUAAUUGACUUGGAGAAUUUCCCAGCAACUCGGCUUCGCUUCACCAAGUGCUUCAGCUUUGCCAAUGUAGAAUCUGAGAACUCCUACCUGACUCAGAGGGCCCGUUUCUUCACAGAGAACGAAGGGCUAGAUGACUAUAUGGAGGCAAGGGAAGGCAUGCAUCUUAAGAAUGUGGACUUCAAAGAGUACAUGGUGGCGUUCUCAGACCCAGACAAUUUACCUUGGUAUGUUUCUCACUAUGUUUUCUGGAUGGCUGCUCUCUUGACUUUGUCCUGGCCCUUGAGAGUCUUGAAUGAAUAUCGCACUUCUUAUGUCCACUAUCAUGUAGAAAAACUCUUUGGAUUUGACUAUGUGGCAGUAACACCAGCCGAAGAGCGUCCUUUCUGCCAACGGAUGCCUCGAGUCAACACAGUAGACAGUACAGAACUAGAGUGGCAUAUCCGCUCCAACCAGCAAUUGGUGCCUAGUUAUUCAGAGGCUGUCCUUAUGGAUUUGGUAGGCCUGUCUGGUUGCACCACUUACUCCUCCUGCCAUUAUGGCAGUUAUAGGCAAAACUGUGAACAAUGCCAUAGGACUAUAAGUAGCUCUUCCAUCUUCUCCCGUAGUGCUCUCAGUAUCUGCAAUGGCAGCCCCAGAAUCCCCUUUAGUAGCAGUCGCUUCUCUCUGGGCCGCCUCUAUGGCUCACGGCGCAGCUGCCUUUGGCAAAGUCGGAGUGAGAGCUUAAAUGAGCAAAGCUGUCCAACUGAGCAAACUCGCCUGUCCAGCCAAGUCACUAUGGAGGAGGAAGAACCUCCUCCUUACCAAGAUGCUCUCUAUUUCCCUGUCCUUAUUGUGCAUCGAAAUGAGGGCUGUCUCAACCAUGAUCACCGCCACCUCCAUCGGAAUGGAUCCUGCGUGGAGACCUCACUCUAAAAGUGUGAAGACCACUUAAGGGAAAUGCCCUGACACACAGAUAUGAUGACCAGGCAGGAGAUGGGUUAGCAGAGAAAUAUUGGUAUCAACCUAUCUUUGUGAGUGUGAAAGUAUUCCUCCCUCACAUCUUCCCUUAAACAACUCCACAGCUUUUGGCUCCAUGUAAUCAAUUUGAUAUGGAGCAAUCAACACUAUCAUAAGAUCCAUGGCACAGAAUUACAGACUGACAACCACAAGCAAAAAAAUAAAUAAAGGGGGGUGAGGAGGAGAUACUAGGGCUUUUUCUUUCCUGUUCCACUGCCCAGGUCACCUAGCUGGAUCAGUCCCUGACUCACUUUUUUAGAGUUGUAUUUCAUCAGAAGAAUCCAUGACAGUGUCGCUUUUCCGCUCAAGCAAGACAUUUGCACUGAUUCUCCAGGCAACGAAAUCUGAAAGAAAAGCUUCCUUUUUUCUAGACCAUGCCUCGACUGUUACAUUGUCCUCAGCUCUGGGGACCAUGAGUUCUUAAGAAGUUCUGGUGUUUCGCAUGUCAGAAUCAGCAACUUAUGGGUAAAGUUUAAAAUGUUCACUGUACUUGCUCUUUUCUGGUAAUAGAAAGAAAAUAAAAUUACCAAGGAAAACCCGGACUUUGAUAUAAUGCAGUGUUGAAUUCAAACCCAAGAGAAGCCCCAAUAUUUAAAGUAAGGCACUGAAACUACCAUGUAUAUAUUAAGCAUGUCAAGAAGUUUUGGAGAUGACUAGGAGUCCUAAGAGAUCCUAAAAGAGAGGAAUUAGUUGUCAUAAAGUUUCUCAGGUAAGAAAUUUGGUGAUGAGGAAGGUUCUAAGACAGUGUUUCUCAAC